AUGUYUCACAAACUUACUGUCCUGCUCCUCGCAGGUUUUGCCGCGGCGGACAUUGGCAACAUGUGCGGAGAGCAAGAGGGCUACUCCAGCAGUGGCUAUCGGGUGCAAAACAACCUAUGGGGAAAAGGCAGUGCCUCCGGAGGAUCUCAGUGCUCUGCUGUAAACAGUAUAUCGGGCUCAGGAGUCGCAUGGUCUACCACUUGGCAAUGGUCUGGUGGUCAAAACAAUGUGAAGAGCUAUUCGUACUCUGCCCGCGAGGGAUUCAACAAGAGGCCCGUUUCCCAGAUCGCUUCCCUCCCUUCUUCUGCUUCCUGGUCCAUCAGCAACGGAGGAGCUCGCUUUAACGUUGCAUUCGAUCUCUUCACGGCCGCAGACCCAAACCACCCAACGUCUAGUGGAGACUACGAAUUGAUGGUCUGGCUUGCUCGUUAUGGAGAAGUUUACCCAAUCGGAUCCCGCAAGUACACCGUCAAUCUAGCGGGUUACUCAUGGGACCUUUACGUCGGCUACAAUGGCAACAUGAAGGUCUUCAGCUACGUCGCUCCUAACCCAAUCAACAACUUCAAUGGAGACAUCAAAGCAUUCUUCAACCACAUGAUAUCCCAGGAGGGCUUCCCGGCUUCAUCGCAGAAUCUGAUCACUUUCCAAUUCGGUACCGAACCCUUCACUGGGUCCAAAACAACGUUCGAUGUUUCAAGUUGGACCGCAAACGUGAACUGA